GACUGAAACGGUCGAGGUCGCUGGCCCGCUAAUCCAAUCGCGCCUGGUCGCGAAACGGAAAUUCAAAAUCCGAGAGUGAACCAAAUAACCCGCAUUCCGAACUCGCUCAAAGCCAUUUUUCUGGUGGUGGCGAGUGUGCCAAAGCAAAUAGUUUGAGUGCCAAAUGUUUCUGGGAAAUCGAGUGCCGAGCAGCUGCCUCUGCGUUUGAUUUGGAAAACAAACAAAAUCGAGACAAGUGCUAAAAAAUAGCCAAACAAUUGUGGUUGACUGGCAUUCCCUUCGUUGUUGGCUGCUUUGUGUUCUCACAUUAUUUACGGUAGAACAGAGACUGACACCCCUGUUGCGAACAGCUUCCGUCGAAAAUCAUGCUGCAAAAGCAGACAGGCAGCGGUCACGACCAAACACAAUGUGCAAAAUAAAACACGGACCUGUGGCCACACCCUCAACAUAAGCACAGAGAAGCGCUGGCUUUUGGCUUUCGGCGUUUGGUAUUUGGCGUUUGGCGUUUGGCAUUUGGUGGACGGAGGCACUGAGGCACGGACCCACUGACCCACGGAAACGGAAGUGGCCAAAAGCGAGGCCAUAAAACGCCACGCCUCGCAUAGCGACAGCAGUGAGACAUCAGCAUCCCGCUCCCCCGAAAAACAUGUUCGCCGCCCUGAUGGACGUGGGCCAGACUUUGGCGGGCAGCCUGGCGACGGAGGGCAACGACAGCGGACUCCUGGCAACGGGACAGUAUGAGGGUGGAGUCGAAGUGGGCAUGGGACAGCACAACUCCAGUGCCGACGGCGGCAUGGUGCCGUAUGUGCCCGUGCUGGACCGCCCGGAGACGUACAUUGUCACCGUGCUGUACACGCUCAUCUUCAUCGUGGGAGUGCUGGGCAACGGCACGCUUGUCAUAAUCUUCUUUCGCCAUCGCUCCAUGCGCAACAUACCCAACACCUAUAUUCUGUCGCUGGCUUUGGCCGAUCUGCUGGUGAUUCUGGUGUGCGUGCCCGUGGCCACGAUUGUCUACACGCAGGAGAGCUGGCCCUUCGAGCGGAACAUGUGCCGCAUCAGUGAGUUCUUCAAGGACAUCUCCAUCGGGGUGUCCGUCUUCACACUGACCGCUUUGUCCGGCGAGCGAUACUGCGCCAUUGUGAAUCCCCUACGCAAGCUUCAGACCAAGCCCCUCACCGUCUUCACGGCGGUGAUUAUCUGGAUAUUGGCCAUCUUGCUGGGCAUGCCAUCGUUCCUGGUCUCCGACAUCAAGUCCUAUCCCGUGUACACGGCCAAUGGCAACAUGACCAUCGAGGUGUGCUCCCCAUUCCGCGACCCGGAGUAUGCGAAGUGCAUGGUGGCGGCCAAGGCGUUCAUCUACUACCUGCUCCCGCUGUCCAUUAUCGGCGCCCUGUACAUCAUGAUGGCCAAGCGGCUCCACAUGAGUGCCCGCAACAUGCCCGGCGAGCAGCAGAGCAUGCAGAGUCGCACCCAGGCCAGAGCUCGUCGUCAUGUGGCCCGCAUGGUGGUGGCCUUUGUGGUGGUGUUCUUCAUCUGCUUUUUCCCGUACCACGUGUUCGAGCUGUGGUACCACUUCUAUCCCACGGCGGAAGAGGAUUUCGAUGACUUCUGGAACGUGCUCCGCAUCGUGGGAUUCUGCACAAGCUUCCUCAACUCGUGCGUGAAUCCAGUGGCCCUCUAUUGCGUGUCCGGGGUGUUCCGGCAGCACUUCAACCGCUACCUGUGCUGCAUCUGCGUGAAGCGGCAGCCGCACCUGCGGCAGCACUCCACGGCCACGGGGAUGAUGGACAAUACCAGCGUGAUGUCGAUGCGUCGCUCCACCUACGUAGGCGGAGCAGCUGCUGGCCAGCUGCGGGCCUCCCUGCACCGGAACAGCAGCAAUCACGGCGGGGGCGUGGGAUUUGGAAGUGGUCGUGUGGGCAGUUUCCAUCGGCAGGACUCGAUGGCGCUGCAGCAUGGCAAUGGGCAUGGUGCUGCGACGGGCGGGGCAUCCUGCGCACCUGGUUCCGGCGGACGUGGCCCGGCCGGGGGCGAGAAGAGGUGAGGCACGCUUAUCGUGGAGCUGCUGGCCGAGGAGGAGGUGGUGGUGUCCGUAUCCUUGCAGGCCGACGAGCAGCUCUGAGCGGGCACAAUUGGCCCGUGAUCUCACUUUGUGCUAGCACCACCCGCACCACCUUGCAUCAUGCACUAAGCACUCGAAUCUCUACACUCGACACUCGGCACUUGGUACUUUUCCCCUGUCCCAUUUGGCAUUUGCCAGGUAAUUGGUUUAUUGGCGAGAAACUGGACUAAUUUGUAAUCGCAACGAUGCCGAGGACAAUAGGUUGACCCGAUUUUAUGUGCGCGUUACCUCGGCGUAAAUGUACAUAUGCUUUAAUUUUAGAUACAUACCAUAUUGUUCCUGACAGGAAGGGAUGUUCGAUUUAGGCACCACUAGCAGUUUAUGGAACUCAAUGCCAUUGUAUAUACAUAUAUGUUACAAACAAAGUUUUACCUAUUAAUACACAUUUUAUGCAAUGUUAUUAUAUUGUGUGUGCCAAUACCUUAGUCGUACAUAUGUUUUGUGUUAAUUAAGUAAGUCACUAAGCACAUUAAAUGUAACUCGUAAUUACCUGCCCCAGUGCAAUAAAAUAGUAUUAAAGACUCUGAAAACCAAAAUGGAAACACAGUCCCAGCUUAAUUAUAGAUUAUGGAAGUUGCAUAUAUCAAUAGGCUUAUAAGAUUUAGCAUACAAUUACUGUAAAUAAAUGAAUUCCAUAAAUGUUAAAAGCAUAAGUGUUGUGUCGACUGCUGUGAAAUUUCAGAUUUGAAAUGAUGAUGCAGGUAUAAGUUUGUACAUACACUCUUUUGGUUUGUUUGAUCUAUGAUUGACUUGGAUAUGUUUUAAGAAUAAGUGUUUUCUUGUGUUAAAUAAUUUCAGCCUCAUAAAUCGUUACGAAAGUGAACGUAUACGUUACUAAACCAUUUGAUGACGAUUUCCUAAUACCGAUGAAUGAAUAAGAAGCCCUCAAUCCAAGUGAAAUACAUAAAUCAUGGCCGACGGAUAGGUGCGCUUUAAUAUUGUGCUACUAUUUGCUAUUUAAAUUGUAAAUUGAAACCCAAA